UGACAAGGAGAGGGACAGACAGAGAGAGUCUUUAAUUCCCUCUUCUUAAACCCUUUAGCCCGCUUCCUGAUUGGCCAAUCAAUCUAAUUAUCUUAAUGAAUGUAAAUGCUGUCAAGUCAGAGGAGACGAGAGUAUAAACACUCACUUGUAGUGAGUUGCAGGUUUUAUUCUGGAUUGCAACAAACGAUCCAAUUUAUUAUGAUCAUUUGUCAACAAACUGAGUGUAACAGAAAGCAAAGAAUGCGCUACAUAUUUUAUGCACAUUAGUAUGCGUGUUCUAUAUUUGCAGCUUCAGCACACUGAUGAUAUAAUUUGCAGAGCACCUCAAUCGGUGGGAAAAAAAAAAUCAAGUUUGAGAAUAUUUGUAACGAUUGUAGGUGUCAUCUCUUUGAGAUGAAUUGCAUUCGCUUCCUGUUGUACUCUUGACUCCGGUCACAUGGAUGAGCAAGGAGAGCGGCAUUAAAGUCUCCUAAACUCCUUACAGUUAAGACGUUUAAAUCUCAGGUGGUGCGGUGACUGCUAAAUAGAGCAACUGCCGCCGCACCGUGUUAUUUGGUUGGAUGUGAGCGCUUACAUGACCUAAAUGCGUGCGCUAUAGGUUACAUAAUCCCUUUGUAAAUCAAUGUGUGUUUUAUGGCGAGGGGGAGAGAUGUUAUGAGGUGAAGAUGAAUGUGGCUGUGGCAACAGGCCCUCCAUAAGAUGGGCGUCAGUCCAUCAAGUUCCAGCUGUGCAUGUGGGCCAUCUUGACAUGCUGUUGUUAGUUAGAUACAGACAGAGAAGCAGUAUAUUUUGGGUCACAAAUGACGCCAGAAGUCUUUGUGGCAUUUAGUUUUCCAAAGUGAAAGAACUGUUGCAUUUGGCGCUAGGAUUUCAUUGAAGCGGUCAAUAUGGAUUUGGACAGAUUUACAUUUGAAGAGAAGACCAGAGAACGACAAGACAAUCAUUUAUAAAAAAGUAAAUAAAUAAAUAAACAAAUCGCUUAUCCUCAUUAAAAUCACGGGUAUCUAUCUCAAUUGACUUUGGGUGAGAAGCGGGAUACACAAAAGUUAAAAUCUUUUUAAAUUCUGUUUUAGCAGCUGAAUGAUUACUGCCAAUGAAAACCUGAAUUGGAACGUAAUAAAAGAAACAAUAUGAAUCAAAUUUAAUAUGGAAAUGAUAUUUGAAUUGAUGUGGCUCGGUGGGACACAGUUAGGAAGGUGCGGGUUCGAUUCCACCUCCGGCCCUCCCUGUGUGGAGUUGGCAUGUUCUCCCCGUAUCCGUGUGGGCUUUCUCCGGGCACUCUAGUUUCCUCCCACAUCCCAAAAACAUGCUUGGUAGGCCGAUUGAGCACCCCAGAUUGUCCCUAGGUGUGAGUGCGAGAAAGAAUGGUUGUUUGAUUUCGUGUGCCAUGCGAUUAGCUGGCAACCGGUUCAGGGUGACCCCCGCCUACUGCCCGAUGACCGCUGGGAUAGGCUCCGGCACGCCCGCGACCCCCGUGGCGGCAAGCGGUACAGAAAAUGGAUGGACGAAUGGAUGUUUGAAUUUUCCUUCUUGAACAUAUUUUUGUAAGUGUUUAAUGAAUCUGUUGUGAAUGUGAAUGAAUGCUUGUUGGUCUCUAUAAAUUAUUCCCAAACUAUCGCAAUUAGCGAUCAUCAGGUGUGCUCUGAUAAAUUAUCCAAUUUCACUUUAUUGGUCUGGAAAUUAUGAUUUACUGCAAAUCGGAAAUUUUGUUCAUCUCUUACAAUGCCAGUGACUGCAGGGACAGCCAGAACAAUAAAUGUUCCUCCAGCAGAGGGCAGAAAAUAUAUUUCACCCAUGAGUCACCAACUCUGGUCCUUGAGAGCCUCUAUCCUGUAUCUUUUAGAUGUUUUCCUGAUGGGGCAGGCUCUUGUGGCCUAGACACUACAAAACGGGCAAACUACGGUGGCACAUCGAGUGACGCCGACCAAUCCCAUUAGCCCGGAGAUGGCAUAGCCCCGUUUUGUGCUCAGUCUCUGCGGUUCUGAUCUGUUGACAAGAUUACUCAGAGAGCCUCGGCUCAAGCACAGAGGCUGAGGAUUAACACUUGAUAUUUUGGUUUGCGGGUUACAAUCUUCAAUGCAUUCAUUUUAAACGUCAAAUUGGUAAGGAUGCAUCGAGUGGUCAAACUGCUUUAAGGGCAUAACCGCAUGGAGACCAGCGCGUAAACUGUAGACCCAAGGCCCGGGGGCCAGAUAUGACCCACCACAUCGUUUUAGGUGGCCCACAAUUACAAAUUGUCUUCAAAAAAAUAGAGAUAUUGCUUGUUAUUUUUAUUACCAUUUGUCCUUUUAAGAAAUUUGAACAGUUUUUACUAGUCUCUGAUUUCAAAAGUAGUUUUUCAGUUUGCUUUGUAGCCUAUACUAUAUAUAGAAGGCGUUGACAAUCAUAAUGGCCCUCCGAAGGAAACUAUGACUAUGAUGCGGCCCUUGACAAAAAUGAGUUUGACACUUCUGUCUACAGUGUAGACAGUAAAGAGUUGAGGGAAAGUAGGUGUCUCUUCUCCCAUUUGUGAUACUUCAUUGAGGUUGGACUCCACUUGGUUCCACCCACUGAGGAGCUCAGCUAGAUUUUCCCCAUGUUAAUCUUUUAGUCUGCCAGAGAGAGAGGUGUCGUACUCUCACUGAUGACGCAUUGACAUGCUCGCUGAUGCCAUGUUGUCACGUUUACAUGUGACAGCUGCAGUGGCACCUUCAGUCAGCCCUUAAUCACCAUUAAAAAUUACACAUGGGCUUCUGAGUGGUGUUAUAUUGUAUCUAUUUUUAGCUUGCCAUUGCGCUCAAAUUAAGUUGUUGUUAAUUGCUAAUGUUGUACAGCAGUAGCACAGCUGGAAAGCAGUUCAAUGUCAGGAAAAGCCCACUAGAUAAGAAUUAGAUGCACUUUACUCAGUGCACAGUACAGUUAUUCAUUUACGUUUGAAUAGGAAAUAAUAAAAUCAAAAGCCAAAAUGUCUUCCUUUACAAGUAUGCUCAGGUUCCCGUGGUAUUCAUGUUACAACAUAUGGUUGCACUCCUGUGGUUCCUAUUUUCCCCUCUGCUGCAUAUUUCAACCAAACAAGCAAAAUGCAGUGACUUGUUAACAGGUCGUGGAAUAGACAGAUGACUGUGUUUCCAAGGUCAGUUUCAAUGGCACUUGUACUGCUUGUGCUGCUUGGGCUGCUGCCGCAGAGGGAUUAGCCGCACAGACAGAUUAUCUGUAGGGGGAAGUGGAGUGAGGGUGCUUUCAUGUAAGGAAACACUUCAUUAACUUCUUGUUUGCUCAUGUUUCACACAAGAUCACAUUGACUUGCAGGAUGUCAUUGCUCAAACCUUUCAAGAAGUUUCACUUCCUCCUAUUUUAGAUGCAAGAAGAGAAUGCAAUACAAAUUCAAGUAGUCUUAUUUACAUGUGAUAAAUUCAUUGUGUCAAUACUGCACAGUAUCACGUCCCUUAUUAAAUGUUCACCAUCCAAAGAUGCAAAGCUGCAGACUAUUUUAGAAUGUGAUUAAAUGACUGAACACUGGAUUAAUAUGCCUUUGAUUGAGACAUUUUAUCUAUAUGUAAUACCAUAAUGAUAUUUGUUUUUAGUUAUCAUGAUGGUUUUGAAUGUGAUCCACAGCAUAGAGCAGAAAUAUAAUUCUGCUGCAGUCUUCAGACAGUUAUUUCACAUUUCCACAAGAGGGCGCUGGCUCAUUUCUGAACAUGGACAACAGGAAAAUGGGCCAUUUUAUAGCCUGAAGUAUGUGCCACCAGAAACAAUCAAAUAUUGAAUAAAAUAUAGGACAAGUAUUUAUUUUUUAUGGGUUGUGGGGUUCUUAACAGUUCACAUGAGGCUUUAUUUGUAUUUCAAUGUGCAUUUGGGGGGACGUUUUAUAUGUGUGUAGGUUUCUCCUCACUAUUCAGGGAUUAAAUGUUUUAUUAAGAAGUAAUUUUAUAAUUCUGGAAAUUAUUUUGUCAUGAAACCAUGUUAACUCUCGGUCAAAAUAAAUCAGCUGCUGUAUGGAUUUUAUACCGUUUUUGUUUGUCAGUUAGUUACUUUGUUUGUUUCUUCAAUUGAAAAAGAAUCCAAGUUUAAAGCCCACACACAAAGUCUUUUCCAAAAUCAGAACUUUCCACUCCCUUGAUUUACCCACGCAGACUUUUGGUUGCCAUGGCAACAGUGCAACCAGGAGGCGUAUGCUGCUGAGUGCGUAGAUCAUUUGUAUUCUCUGAGCGCACGUGCAUGUUUACAUGUGCUGAAUGAUAGAAGGUGUGCGUGUGUGUCGGGGGGUGGCCACGCGUCUCCCUGUUACACCCCCAACCUCCAUCAAUGCUGCAGCUCCAGCGCUGAUGUCUUCUGAAGGGCGGGACCAGAUUUUCUGCAGAGGGAUACUCUGCAGCUCACACUGUACCAACCAGUUUGGCAAUACCUGGCUCCCAAGAGCGUAUGCACACACUCACACACGCGCAAAAGUAGACUGCACUUGAGCCCCCCCAAGCAUUCAGCAUCAGUACAAUACGUAUCUCAUCAUCUGCUUUUCUCUCGCUCGCUUUCUCUCUCGACCCCUGUCUCGCUGUCUCUCCAUCGACGCUGACAACCUCCGCAGCUCUGACUCAUUCAGUUCUCCAUACAAGUGGAAGCACAGGAACUGGCAGCAUGUCCUCCAACGUGCCCCCCGGGGCAGCCAAAAGCAAGCCCCACUCUCCCUUCAGAAAGCGAGGAAGCCUGCAAUACACAACCAGUACAGUCGACCUCCGUGGUGCCCGCCACCUCCUCACACCCCAGCAUUCCUUGCCUGGGAUCCCCGUGGCCUUAAAACAAUCCAUAGAUCUCCGUACAUCCAUGGACGGCAAGUACAAAGAAAUUGCCGAGGAACUGUUUUCACGCAGCCUAGCAGACAGUGAGAUGCGCAGUGCUCCUUAUGAAUUCCCAGAGGACAGCCCCAUUGAACAGCUCGAGGAGAGACGACAGCGCCUUGAGCGGCAGAUCAGCCAAGAUGUCAAGUUUGAACCAGACAUCUUGCUGAGAGCCAAACAGGAUUUCAUGAAAACAGACAGCGCUGUAGAUCUAGAAUACAUGAAGCAACAAAGUCAAGCGCCAGAUCUGCUGGAGAGAGAAUUGCUCCCCGAGAGAGAAUACCAGCGGGUCACCAUCUCUGGAGAUGAGAAAUGUGGGGUUCCCUUCACGGACUUGCUGGAUGCUGCAAAGUGUGUGGUGAAAGCCCUGUUCAUAAGACAGAAGUAUAUGGGCCUGUCGUUGCAGAGCUUCUGCAGGACCACCAAGAGCCACCUGCAAGAGCUAAGCGAGAGACCGCUCGACCUGACUAUCAAUGAGGAAGAAUUUCAAGAGGCGACGGAGGCCAGUGCAGAUGCCACAGUGCACCCACCUGUUUCUGGAACGCACCCCUACAAGAACAAGGACCCGAGCAGCAUGCCGCCCGACGUGGGCUACGGCUGCACGAUGGUGGAUGGUGUCAUGCACGUGUACACAUCAAGAGAGACCAUGGACAAGAGCACCGAGUUGGACCUGCCAUAUCCGAACCUGCAGGAGUACAUUGCUGACAUGAAUGUCAUGAUGGCCCUCAUCAUCAAUGGACCAGUAAAGUCCUUCUGCUACCGUCGCCUGCAGUAUCUAAGCUCUAAGUUCCAGAUGCACAUCCUCUUGAAUGAAAUGAAAGAAUUGGCAGCGCAGAAAAAAGUCCCGCAUCGAGACUUCUACAAUAUCCGGAAGGUUGACACGCAUAUCCAUGCCUCCUCCUGUAUGAACCAAAAGCAUCUUUUGCGCUUUAUCAAAAGAGCCAUGAAGAAGUAUUCUCAGGAGAUUGUCCAUGUGGAGAGAGGAAAGGGUCAGACGCUCAUGGAGGUAUUUGAGACGAUGAACUUGACUGCUUUUGACCUCAGUGUGGACACUUUGGACAUGCACGCGGAUCGCAAUACUUUUCAUCGAUUUGACAAGUUUAAUGCCAAAUACAAUCCCAUUGGUGAAUCCAUCCUGAGAGAGAUCUUCAUCAAAACGGACAAUCACGUCGAAGGCAAAUACUUUGGCCACAUUAUUAAGGAGGUGAUGGCUGACCUGGAGGAAAGCAAGUAUCAGAAUGUGGAGCUGAGAUUGUCCGUGUACGGGCGCUCCAGAGAUGAGUGGGAAAAGUUGGCAAAGUGGGCUGUCAAACACCAGGUCUACUCGGACAAUGUGCGAUGGCUGGUGCAAAUGCCACGACUUUUUGAUGUCUACCACACCAAGAAGCAGCUGUCCAACUUCCAAGAGAUGCUGGAGAACAUUUUCCAGCCUCUGUUUGAAGUCACAAUCCACCCAGGCAAACAUCCUGAGCUGCACCUCUUCCUUCAGCAUGUUGUGGGUUUUGACAGUGUGGAUGAUGAGUCCAAACCAGAGCAGCAUAUCUUCAACCUGGACAGCCCACUGCCGGCCAAUUGGACAGAGGAGGACAAUCCACCCUACUCCUACUACCUCUACUAUAUGUACGCAAAUAUGACUGUUCUGAAUCACCUGCGCAGGCAGCGAGGCUUCCACAGUCUUGUACUGCGUCCACAUUGUGGCGAGGCAGGCCCCAUCCAUCACCUGGUGUCUGGGUUCAUGCUAUCAGAGAACAUCUCCCAUGGGCUACUGCUCCGGAAGGCUCCUGUCCUUCAAUAUCUGUACUAUUUGGCUCAGAUUGGCAUCGCCAUGUCUCCACUAAGCAAUAACAGUCUGUUCCUUAGCUACCAUCGUAACCCUCUGCCAGAGUACCUCUCCAGAGGCCUCAUGGUCUCCCUGUCCACAGACGAUCCUUUGCAGUUUCACUUUACUAAGGAGCCCCUGAUGGAAGAGUACAGCAUUGCUGCUCAGGUGUGGAAGCUGAGCUCUUGUGACAUGUGUGAGCUGGCCAGAAACAGUGUGCUGAUGAGCGGUUUUUCUCAUCAGAUGAAGAGCUAUUGGCUCGGCCCAGACUAUGUCAAAGAAGGUCAAGAGAGCAACGACAUCAGGCGCACCAACGUCCCGGACAUCCGCUUGGCAUAUCGCUACGAGACCAUGUGUGAAGAGCUCAAUUUAAUAACGCAGGCCAUUCGUACGGACGAGCUGGACACGAUUGAAGAGGAAGAGAGUCUGUGCAUGGCUGCUCCACAAGCAAAGCAAUGAACUAUCCCCAUGGAACACAAAAAUAGUUAAAACACUGUGGAAAAUACUGAAACAGUUUGUGUUUAUUUCCAUGAGGUGUAACCUUUCAUUGUUAAGUCUCCAAAUAUUCUAUUUUAUUUUUAUAUGAUUUGUUGAUGGUCAUAUCUUGUCAGCUUUUCUGUAUCAGCAUCCAAGCUGUUAUUGUCAUAAACUUGACAUCUCAUUGCUGUUUGUUUGGUAAUUAUUCAGUCUUUUGUGAAUAUUUGAACUCCUGGGCCCGAAGCCCAGAUCCCCCAUAGUCUGGCCCUGGUCAUUGCUCGUCUCCAGCGAUAAUGCAAGCAAUGUAAGGAUUGAUUUCUGUUCACAUGUGCUGCUUGUGCGAAGAUGCAUGAUACGUAUGUCGCUGCACUCUCAACCCUUGUACAAAGUCAACUGUUGCCAAAUGGAGUCAUUUGAAAAAAUGAAAGUUGGUUGAGAUUCUUAUGUAAUAUCAUUCAAUGUCUUAAUGUCUUUGUGAGAAGUACAAGUUGCAGUUCUAGGCAAUGCUUGUCUCCACCCAGGUGAUGCUGCAUUGUAGUUGUUUUGUGAAAUACAAGUUCAUGUUGCCUGU